UAAGUAACGUUAUGUCUGCAUUAUAUCAUGGACAAAUUUUAUGCAAUUUUUAUACGAUUUUGUAUAGACAAAAGCAUGUUUUUCUCGGUUUUUUUUGUUUUGUUUUGUUUUAAGCACAAGUUUUAAAUCUUACUCCGCCAGCCAAUUACAUUUUCUUUUAUUUGUAGAUAAAAAAAUAAAAUUUAUCUUCAAAUUAUCAAGAAACGUGUUUACACGAUCAUCGAUAAUGGUCAAUUCGACGAGGCAUUCGUUUUCAAAGUGUUAUACUUGAAAACAUUUGCAAAUAAUAUUUUAUAAAUAUAUUUAUUUAUCUAGAACAAUGAAGAACGAUUGAAACCUGAUGGUUGAUCGUAAUUGAUUCGACGUUUUCAAAAUUUGAAUAUCGUGCUAACUGAUACGAGUUCGUCAUUCGUUUACACGAAUUAUAUCGAAACGUGAUAUUAUAUCUGAUUAUUUUGUUUGAUAACUAUUUGUGAACUUAUUUGGAAUAUCAAUGAUAACGAUAAUUUUUCGUCGAUUUUGUCCCUAUUAAUUAGUUCACUAUUAUCGCUUCAAUAGUCAUCGUUUCUACAAUACUAUUCCUUUUUAGAUUUUAUUCUAAAAUAAGUAAAAAGAAUAUAUAAUUGAAAAUCGAAGAACCAUGGAGAAUUCUGUGAUAAGUAACGAGAACGAUGCGUUUAAAGAUAAAGCUAUCUAUGGUUAUGGAACAAGCAUACCUCCUAAUAAUAAUGAAUCCGAAGAGGAUAUAUCAUCGAAGAAAGUGAUAUUUUGCGUUCAUGGAAAAUUAUCGGGUUGUUGUACCGUUGUUAAAGGAAUCGAUGAAAAUGUAACGAUGGAUUAUCAACAAAAUUCAUCGAUUUUACCAGAGGAUCAUUGUCAUCGAGAAAGAAAUGGGGAAGUUGAUAAGAAAGCUCGGAAAAAGCUUUUACUUGCGAGUGGUCUUUGUGUUCUCUUCAUGAUAGCUGAAAUAAUUGGUGGUGUUCUCUCAAACAGUUUGGCCAUAGCUACAGACGCAGCACACUUGCUAACUGAUUUCGCAUCAUUCAUGAUUUCUCUAUUCUCAAUCUGGGUCGCAGGAAGGCCUGCAACAAGGAAAAUGCCAUUCGGUUGGUAUCGUGCGGAAGUGAUCGGUGCAUUAACGUCGGUACUAUUGAUAUGGGUUGUCACAGGGAUUCUAUUCUAUCUUGCUGUAGAGAGAAUAAUUAACAAGGAUUUCCAGUUAGACGUCACGGUGAUGUUAAUUACCUCUGCGGUUGGUGUUGGGGUAAAUCUAGUAAUGGGGCUAAGUUUGCAUCAACAUGGUCAUAGUCAUGGUGGACAUAGUCAUCACGAACAAGAUGAUCAUAAAACGAAAAAGAUUACGGACGAAGAGAAGAUAUCUCACAAGGAUGAACACGAUAGAAAAAAUAUUAACGUUCGCGCUGCAUUUAUACAUGUCAUAGGCGAUUUUAUUCAAAGUAUAGGCGUUUUUAUCGCGGCAUUAGUUAUUUAUUUUAAACCAACAUGGACCAUAGUUGAUCCUAUCUGUACGUUCCUAUUUUCAAUAUUAGUCAUGCUCACGACAGUGGCAAUCAUCAAAGACGUUAUGAACGUCCUCAUGGAAGGAAUGCCUAAAGGAUUUGAUUAUUCUCAAGUAGAGAAUACUUUCAUGCAAAUAGAAGGCGUUGUGAAAGUACAUAAUUUGAGGAUUUGGGCUCUUUCACUCGACAAAACCGCUUUGUCAGCGCAUUUAGCGAUCAAACCUGGUACCAGCCCACAAAAUAUUUUACGUACGGCCACGAGAAACAUUCACGAAAGUUACAAUUUCUUUGAGAUGACGUUACAAAUAGAAGAGUUCAACGAACGAAUGGAAAAUUGUGAACAGUGCAAAGCUUUAUCACAAUGAAUUAACGUCGUUUUUAUAGUUAAUGCCGUUUUAUCGUAUUGUAUGACGAGCUUCGACAUCUAUGAACUCCUAUUUUUUGUCUUUCCUUUUUCCGUUCUUUUUUUUCUUUUCUUUUCUUUUUUUUUCUCAUUUUUUAUUUUUCUUUUUUUUUUUUUUCACAGAAUAUCACAGCAAGAGAUACGAAAUCUAACUUCGAUUCGAGGCGCUAAGUCUCGAGAUUGUUUAACGAUAGAUAGUUAUACAAUAAUUCUCUUUUUACUUGAAUAGAUAAAUUAUAGUAAAUUAUAGUUCUCUCGGUGAACGAACAUUAAUGGGACCUAAAAAAUUAAUUUAAGAUGGGUUCAUAAGCGAUUAUAUUUUUAUCUUCGUUUUGUUCGUGUUUUUCCUUUUUUUUUUUUUAAGUUCGAUAUUCUUUAUUAUUAUUAUUAUUAUUAUUAUUAUUAUUAUUAUUAUUAUUAUUAUUAUUAUUAUUAUUAUUAUUAUUAUUAUUCGUACGCCGUAAAGAGAGAAAAAAAAGAAGCCAUCUUAAGGAAUAUCGAUAGCAAUAUCUUGCAAUAUAAUUUAAAACUUAAUUGUGUUAGUUAAUAACAGUAUCAAUAAUACGAAGGUGCGUAAAAUAUGGUGCUCUUAUACCUUGUGAAUUGUGCAUUAAUAAAAAUAAAAGUAAAAUCUUUUUUGA